GAGGCGUGUACAAUUGUUCUACGGUGUUGUCGUAGCCACAUAGCUCACCGUUUACUUUUUCAUUUAGGUCAAUUCAUUGUACUUAUCUAUACGUUAAAAAUAUUAAAUAAUAGAAUAAAAAUUAUUCAAAGUUGGUUAAGACUUGGAUUUGUAAAUAACAAGUACCCUGCGCAUGGCUAUGAGGUCAAAGGUAGAUAAACAUAGACUGACAUUGUGCAGCCAAUGUUGACUGGGUUGACUUGACUGUCAAUGGUCGAAACUGCCCUUGUCACUCAAUUAUGGCUUAUUUAAUCAGCUAUUUGUCGUUGAGAUCACCAUUUAGUUGUAGAGUUUGUUUAUAUCGCACUCCAAGUUCCAGAAGAAUUGGUGUUUUCUCUGUAAAAGUUCACCCUCUCUGCUCCACAAGUUAUGGGCUGAAGAAUACAUCUAAAUCGCAAGGUUCAGCUGCACUCAAGCAAGGUCUUUUCAGUCCCGGGUGGAAUGUCCUCCGGGGACUUUUGUCCCGGGGCGACGGCGGUGCAGACGUCAAACAGCAGACGCUAGAGGACAUCGCUAGGAGAAUACAGGAGAAAAGCUUCAAUAGAAUAGUGGUUAUGGCCGGGGCUGGGAUCAGCACUCCGAGCGGCAUUCCAGAUUUCAGAUCCCCAGGGAGUGGUCUCUAUGACAACCUCCAGCGGUAUGACCUGCCUUAUGCAGAGGCCAUAUUCGAGAUCAACUACUUCCAUCACAACCCACUGCCGUUCUUCGCCCUGGCCAAGGAGCUCUAUCCAGGGAACUACCAGCCCAAUCUCACACACUAUUUUGUGCGCCUACUUCAAGACAAAGGUCAACUUCUCAGGAUGUACACACAGAAUAUCGACGGCUUGGAAAGAUUGGCCGGUAUCCCCUCUGAGAGGCUGGUGGAGGCCCACGGUACGUUUGCCACCGCCACAUGCACCGUCUGCAGGAGGACCUAUGAGGGCCAGGACCUUCGCUCAGAUGUGAUGAAGGGGACAGUCCCCAAGUGCCCCACAUGCAAAGGUGUGGUGAAGCCUGAUAUAGUAUUUUUUGGAGAGGAACUCCCAAAUAAUUUCUUCAAGUACAUCAGAGACUUCCCACUGGCCGACCUUCUCAUUAUUAUGGGAACAUCUCUGGAGGUGGAGCCCUUUGCAAGUCUAGCUGGAGCAGUGCGCAGCUCGGUUCCUCGCCUGCUCAUCAAUAGGGAUUCUGUCGGGCCCUUCACCUGGGGCUCGCUGCGGCCCACCGAUGUGACCCAGCUGGGGGAUGUGGUCACUGGGGUGGGGGCGCUGGCCCAGGCUAUCGGCUGGACUCAGGAGUUGGAAGCUCUUAUGGCACAGGGUGCUACAAAGGGUGAAUCCCAGACUGAAGAAUAGGAACAACUCGAGCACCAGGGGACUAGAACCAAUCGCUCAUGCUGGACUCCAACUCUGAGCCCAUUAGCUCAUGCCCUAAUAAAAUAUGCCCCACAUACCUCCACCUCCAAGAGAUUCCAAUGUACCUCUGGUACCGGGAGGCAAAAAGUAAUGUGUAUAAAGCAUGGCCCACAUACCUCCGUCGUUUUAAUAAAGACACCAGAGUACCUUGUCCUGGGGAUGUCCAUUACCGUAUGGAUACGUUAAUGUGAUUGAUGUAUAGCCAGAAGAGGGUUCAUUAUGGGAUACAGCUUACCGGGCUGGCCCAAAUCUCUCCCUGACUCACUGACCUCUUCUCUACUCUGGGAAACCCAUACUGGCCUGUGGCUUAAGGAACGCUCUCUGGCUGAUUGGGCUGUUCCUACUGCUAUACUACCCAGAGAGAGCCAGCAGCCUAAAGACACCACACACUAAAUCCAAGGGUGUGUUUUUGACCCAUGUGCUCCUUCACCCCACUAUUUGUGUGUGUAUUUUUAGAACGCUGCUGCUGCUGCUAUUAAUGAGAGUGCAGGUCCCUCAGCUGGCCUCAAACAGCCGUCAGGGGGGGAAAGACGUUCAAUCAAUGUGGACUUGAUUGGUAGACUUUCCUUGCCAUUUUAUUCUUGCAAAUGUCUACACUUCCGGAUGCCGUUAAAUGUAUCACUCAGUUUAUAUCAUUAUUUUGGGAAGAAUGAAAAGUGGCUAUUAAUCUAUAUAUAUAUAUUUCAAUGUAUUUCCAGGCCUUUUAAUUUAGCUGACUUACAACUUUACUACUGCUAGUUUGACACUAUAGAAUGAUUUUAAAAAAUCGAUACAUAAUCUAAUAGAUUUUCUAUGAAUGCCUGUGGUUGCCUUGGUUGUAUGUAGUUCCAGUGUUCUGCACCGAUGGCCACAUUUGAAAUGAGAGACCCUGCCCUUUAGUGUGUUGUAUUUAUCUGUCAUUCGAUUGAACAAUUAUGAACCUUAAACAGAAUCAACUAAUCAAAUCAACUGCUGCUUGAUUAAAGUCUCAGUCUUGUCUUCGGUUAACACAGUUUGCGGGUCUACUGAGUCCCAAUGGCAAUGCAAGCAAUAUUAUGUUCAUGUUUGCAAGAAUUUCCAUUGCCCUCCUCCCCAGUAUUUCUUAAGGAGGUCUACCAACUGUGCUACCAACUGUGAAAAGUACUUAAACAUACUUGAUUUAAUACAGUCAAUUUAUCUCAAUGAUGGUUCCAUAAAAUAUAAAUCCAUUUCAAGUUCAAUCGAAUAUAUUCAUUACAUAUCUGCCUCGUGGGAGGUGUCCUUGCACAUCAAAUAGCUAAUGCUAAAAACACCAGACAGCCCGCCCGGCCCGAGCCCCAUAAAUCCCAUUGGCUGUAAGAGGCUUAUCAAAUUCCUGCCAUUUUAGUUAGGCCAAUCGAACAUUAGUGACACUUAGUUAACGCUUGAAAAGAUGUGGAUCUUUAAUAGAAAGCUUUCCACAUAAAACGUGGAUAUGGCAUACAUUAUAGGCACUGUCAGUAACCCAACAGUUCUUAGCAGGCAAGGUACUGUAAUAUCACAAAAUGUAUACACGCAACUCAUUAGCUUACAAACACACAGACCCAGACUUGUAGGAUGAUCACAGACAUCUGUAAACCACUAGCACAGGAUUUUGGCCGCAGUUACAAUUGUCAUUUCAGCUCUGCGUUCUGCAUUCAAGCUCUCUGGGUCGGAACUGUGUUUCGGAUCUCCUGAGAAACAGCAAGACGUAUGACAGGAGUUGUUCUUUUUUCGUGUUGCAAGUGAUCCUUUGGGCAAAGACACAAACAUAAAAUGACACGAAACACUGUAGCCAUUGAUUAUAGUCUGUGAAACGCUGUCUGUCUGUAGGAAGGAGCGGCUGUGCGGAGCUGAUUAUUGACAGGCAGGCUUAUUAAUCGUAUUACAGGGAGUGGGUCAGGUCACCCGUGUCGUGGGGAGGCAACAUGGUGUCACAUGAUGGUACUUGGAGGUCCAGAGAGAGUAAAUGGGAUAUAUGUAGGUCAUUUGUGAUGUAUGUCCCCUUACUGUUAUGAUAUUACUAAAGGCUCUAGGUGUAGGCCUAUGACUGGCCAGCGCUGUUUUGACGCACAAUAUCUACACUUUUACAUUGAACUACAUGUUAAAACUUGCUUAGGAGAGAGCAGACGAUUUCAAUCAGUUAGUGGGCAGCCACUCAUUAGCCUAAGUGGCUUUCACCUCCGACCCCAAUUAGGAGAAUAUGCCAAUGACCUAGGAAGAACUGAUAGGGGUUUGCAAGUCAUUUUAAGUAUUCAUGUACGGGUUUUCAGGAGUGACUACCAUCCACACUUACGACAGUGUAGCCGCCCAAAAUGUUAGCUUAAUGCAACUUUUGUGAAUCCAGAUUGGUGCAUAAGUCACGUUGAAGCAACAAGUGUAACUGUAGCCUUCGAGACUUUAUCAAUCCGAAGUUACCUUGCCUUUACAUGCAAAUGUACUUUACAUAGGACAUAAUAUAAUCUACUGUAUGCUGUUUUGGCCCAUUGAUUUGCAUUAAGUAUUAAAUAUCCAAGACCUUCAACGUAUAAUAAAACUGAAUGGUAGACAUUGUCCUUUAUGACAAUUACGAGGCCAAAAGUGGGUCCAUUAUUCUACCCUUAAAGCCAGUACAGGGCUGGUACAUUCACAAGCAGACUUAACACCAGAACAAAUGCACACUGCUGUUGUUCUCUACAACAACAUUAUGAAAAUGAACAUAUUGCAGUAAUACAAUCUAGUACAAAGAUUUCUAUAACACAUAUAACACUUAUUUAAUUAUUGUGUACGUGUGCGUGUGUGGGAGAUUGAGUUUGUGUAUGUGUGUGUUUGUGUGUGUUAUAUCUUAGAGGACUUAAAUAUAUUACUCAAAUUUAAGGCAUAUAACUACAAUAUACAAUUGAAUACAUGCAUUUUUAAAUAUAUAUAUGUAGAUAUACAUAUAUAUCAUACAUUAUAUGUAUUAUAAAAUUGAAUAUGCAUUGCAAGAACCGCGUAAUUCUAGUUUCUUCCACCCAGGGACGAAGCUAAAUGUAAACAUUACAGAAUACACUUCAAGAAUAUUCAGAACUGAGAAACAUUACAGAUAGACCCCUAAAGACUUUCCUUUCUUGGCCGAUGUUUCACGGGGCAGCUUCGGCUAAGCCCUUUCCAACGCCUUCGCAAGAGAUCCGACAUGCCUUGGGCCCUCCAAGGGCACAGAUCCUACACCACCAUAUAUCCACCGUUAACCAACCACAGGGUCCAUUCAAGCAUCAAAUCAUAAAUCCCAGCCGUGGUGGUCGACGGACAUAAUCGCGGGGCGUGGGUCAUCAGCAUCCCUGCAAACUUUCCAUCAGCCACGGAAGAGGGAGAUCUUAUGGCAGCAAAAGCCAUGCAGGAACUUCUUAAAGAACUUCCUGAACUCGGUGUUGAAGAUGGUGUAGAUGAUGGGGUUGAGCGCGCUGUUCACGUAGCCCAGCCACGUGACGAUGUCCAUCAGACUAGCGGGAAUGUCACACGUAGAGCAUAUGGCACGGGUCGUGUGCACCACAAAGAAGGGAGUCCAGCAGAAGAGGAAGCAGCCUGCAUGGGGACAUUAAGAGAGCAAAGGAAGGUCGUAAGUCUACAGUGGUCAUCUGGAUUUCCUCGCCGGGGACAUUUUCGAGCUGAAAAGUGAAAAUAGAUCAAUAAACAAAUACUGUGGACAACAACAGAAUAAUGUGUGUGAAAAACAACCAAAUCACAUCCCUCUUUGAAUAAAAGGUUGAAUCUUUUACA